GAGUUGUAUUGUUCUUUGCCCGACCCUAGGAAUGUCCAUUUUGAAUCUAUAAACAUGAAGAAUGUCCUUCACUGGUCAGCACCAGAAGGCACAGGAGAUGGAGUACUCUACAAGGUGAAGUAUUCAGUAUACGGUGUUGGCAAAUGGAUUAGAAAGCCAGAAUGCAGGAAUAUUAACAGAACAUGGUGUGACCUCUCCAGUGAGACCUCUGACUAUGAAGAGCAAUACUACGCAAGCGUUAAAGCCUUCCUAAAUGGGAUGUGCUCUGACUGGAUGGAGACCACACGAUUCAACCCUCUUACAGACACUAAAAUUGAUCCACCCAUGGUAAGUGUAUCUUCUACUGAGAAAUCUAUUUCAAUUGUUCUGACUGCUCCUGAGAAGUGGAAGAGAAGUCCUGAAGAAGAAUCCGUAUCUCUGCUUCAGGUGUAUCCUGGCCUGCAAUACAAUGUGUCUGUCCUCAACAAAAAAACAAAGAAGCGGUGGUUCUUCUCCAUCAGCAACAACACCUUGGUUGUGCCCUGGUUAGAACCUGGAACAACUUAUUGUGUCAGUGCACAGAUACGUGUCACCACACCACUUUUGCACAGUGGGUUCUCCAAAGAAUGUUGCAUUGCUACAUUGAAAGAUAAAACAGCAGAUGAGACUAUAACAGUCACAUUUGGAUGUGUUCUGCCUGUCAUGCUGGCUGUCCUUUUUAUUUCAAUGACAUGCUAUUGUGUGCACAGGCAUAUUCACGUCAGCAAACAGAAACAUCCAACAAACCUGGUAUGGCACUACACUGACAAAUGCAAAGAAAGGGUUUUCAUACCAUGUGAAAAAAUAGUGGUCAACAUUAUCACUGUUAACAUGGAUGAGUACAAGCCAUCUCAGGAAUCCAGUCGUCUAUCAGGAGGGAAAAGUCCCUGUUACUACACCAUUUACAAUGGCACCGAAGGGAAGGAUUUGCCUUCAAAAGAAGUGCCGGAAACAAAACACUUGCUUGAUAUUUCACAUGAAGAUAUUACACACAAAGAGGAAGGGGACAAAACUGGGAAUUGGCCAUCUUAUGGCCAGCCUAGAACAAACAAUACCUUCAGACAGAAAAAUGCAGGGACUGUAGAGUAUGAACAUGAUGUAAGGGCUGAAGACUUCACUCCCAGUCAGAAACUAGAAGAGAAAACUUCUGCCCCCAGGGGACUACCAGGUGAGCCACAGAUUGCUUUGGGGGACUUGGGUAAUAAGAAAACAGGACAGCCGUAUUGCCCCCAACUACUGGUGAGGGCAGCAGACCCUUGUUUGGGACAGAAAAUAGAGGAACUUAAUUUGAAGAUGGUUGAUGCAGCAGAUGAAUUGCCAAGUGAGACCCAUAUCAACUUGGUGGACUUAGACACUGAAAAAUCUGGGCAGACAUCCUAUCCUCAGCUGGAAGAAAUAGCACAGGGUCUCACGGAGAAAGAGGGUGAACAGACCAUAGUAGUAGAUUGGGAUCCCCAUACUGGAAGACUGUAUAUUCCUACCUUGUCCAGUGUUGAAAAUCAGGUGUGCGAAGGAGUAUUCAAGUGUGAUGAUCCUGACAAAGAGGGAAUUUUGUCCAGACUGUAUGAGAAAAAGGUAUCUGACGAAUCAUCAGAGGACCAAGAAACAUAUCUCCUGCAGUUCAAGGAACAAUGGGGACUGCAUGUAGAAAUGGAAGACUGA